AUGGAAAAACAGAAUUCAAACCUGAUUUCUAAAAAACAGCCGGUCGAUCAUAUGGCAACCGACGAGAUCUCAAACCAUAAAGGUGAGGGAGAUUCUGAGGUUCUCCAGUCGACCUUUGCGGCAACAAAAUUUGAAGACAAUGUAAUAUACAAAUUGUAUUUCAAAGGUUUGGUGAGCAAUGAAACAGUUGGAAACAGUGAAAUGGUUUAUAAGGUUGGAAUAGGGUUCGCAAUAUGCGACGAGGCGGAUAAUUUAUUAUAUGGAAUAAAUGAAUCAUUUAAUAGCGCCUUGAUUUACCGCGAAGAAGUGGAGAUGAUGGCAUUGAUUACUGGGUUAAACGAUGCAUUUCAUUCGGGGGUUAGAAAUCUCAUAAUUUGUUGCGACGAUUAUCAAACUUCCCGAAUUUUACUUGGUAGCUAUAGAGAGAAGCUUCCGGAGAAGCUUGUCCACCUUCUGGACCAAGUGCAACGCCUUAGAGCAAGAAUAGCUAACACCAAAAUUCUUGUGCUUGCCUCAAAUGAUGUGAAGUUUGCUUUUAAUCUUGCAAGGGAUGCAAUGGUUUCUCAAGGCAGUAGUACCAGCGAUGGUGUGAAGGCAGCACCACCACAGAGAGAAGUUUGCACCGUUUGUUUCGAAGAAACCGAUCCUGAGCUCAUGUUCUUCAAUGAAGAAUGCUUUCACCGUCAUUGCUUCUCGUGCGUGAAGCAGUAUGUGGAAGUGAAGCUGUCUAUGGGAGCAUUGCCCACAUGCCUUGAGUAUGGAUGCAAGUCUGAGCUCAAUCUUGAAAACUGUAGCAUGGUUCUGACACCAAAGCUGAUUGAGAUGUGGAAACAGAAGAUAGAAGAUGACUUGAUUCCUGCUGCAGACAAGAUCUAUUGUCCAUAUCCAACCUGCUCAGUGUUGAUGUCCAAAACCGAGAUAUCCAGUGAAGCCGGCCAGUCCAAUGUCCGGUCUUGUAUCAAAUGCUAUGGACUCUUCUGCAUCGACUGCAAAGUACCAUGGCAUUCUGAUUUGUCAUGUGAUGAGUUCAAGAAACUGCACCCUGAACUUCUUAUUGAUGAAAUGAAGCUUCUGUCUUUGGCGAACGACAACAUGUGGCGUCAGUGUGACCGGUGUAAGCUUUUGAUUGAACGAGAUCAUGGUUGCUGCCACAUGACUUGCAAAUGUAAGUAUGAGUUUUGCUACAAAUGUGGGAUCAAAUGGAUGGAGAACCAACAAGAAUGUCCUUCGGUUGCCCGCUUUUUGAUGAUGAAGAUGAUGAUUCUGAUUCUGAUUCUGAAUAUUUUGAUCGGGAAAGCUAUAUAG